CGGUGACUGGAGAGGAGUGGAAGAGGGAGGGGAGAAAGAGCAGCGCAGCAGCGAGCACGCCACAAGCCCUGAAAUCCUGAAAUAAAGGCGAACUUAGCUUGUAUACGCAAGAAUAAUUUACUUUGGUUUACGACAUGGUAGUUCGCAUAGAACAACAUACCGUUCCGGGGAUUUAGGCGAUAGGGCUGGGUCGUUUGUGGACUCUACUCGAGACGGCUGGAAACUCAGAACGAAAAAAAACAACAACAACACUGGAAAAAAGACGGGGGUUACACAUAACAGUGACAAUAAAACAACACUCCCCGACAAGUGGCCAGCCUGGUGUCGAAGGUGAAGUCCGAACAGAAAAAACUGGAAACAUUGGUGAAUUGAUAUUCUAUUUGAGACAUUUUAAAUGACAGUUUUCAGAUAGUGUUUCUGUGUGAACUUUAUACUCAGGAAACAAUGAAGACAUAGCGAGCAAGAACUCAUCAAGUGUCUCGAAGCUGCUAGCCAUCCCGCUAGCGUUAGCUUGGCUAUCUUGCAGCGAGCGAAUGCGAAAGCUAACGCCCGCUAGUGCAGCCAAGUAAGCUAAGUUAGCUCGUCGGCUAACGUUAGCUUGCUAGCUAAACGCGUUUUUGAGAAACUUUUGGUGUUGUUUCCCCGGAGCCCAAACACUGAAGGAAUUUUGUAAGAGCAGAGGGGAAGGGCAGGUUCCCUUCUGGACUUUCCCCCUCUACAUAUUUUCCUAAAUAUGAUGGCUGCGGAGGUCAGCAGUGAGGAUACGGGCUCGGUCACGACAGGGACAGGGGUGGCAGGCGGAGGAGGCCCGGAGACGGCCCCUUUCCCUUACUAUCCCAAGUCGAGAGGAGUGCGUGUCACUGAUUUGGGACAAGGACCAGCACCAACCCUUCACCAACAUUUAAACAUCUCUCCGGACUCACUUCCUGACAUCAGUGUGAUAUAUCCCAUGUCUGGUGGGGAUAUGACCGGACCAGUGCUGUCCGCGACAGGGAGUGGCGGAGCAGGAGGUGGACAUUCAAUUUUCCAAGGAACAAGCUCAGGGACCGUGGGCGGCAUUUGCUGCUCUCCCACCUCGGAGGGUCCAGCUAGUCGGAUUUCACCCACAUCAACAGGCCCGGAUGGGCCCAGUGUCUUCCCCCCACUGCCACCACCUCCUCCUCCCCCUCCAGGCUGCGGGGGGCUCGGCGGCACUGUGGAUGAAAACGACAUGCAGGAUGGACCGGAAUACGAAGAAGAAGAGGUGGUGUUCCCCCUCUCUGCACCUCCCACGAACCAGUGGUACCAUGGCAAGCUAGACCGAACCAUUGCUGAGGAGCGGCUGCGCCAGGCCCGGACCCCUGGCAGCUACCUCAUCAGGGAGAGUGACCGCCGGCCCGGUUCCUUUGUCCUGUCUUUUCUCAGUAUGACCAACGUGGUCAACCAUUUCAGGAUAAUCGCCAUGUGUGGGGACUAUUACAUUGGUGGGCGGCGGUUCUCUUCUCUAUCAGACCUGAUUGGUUACUACAGCUAUGUGUCUUGCUUGCUAAAAGGAGAGAAACUGCUAUCGCCAGUGGCGCCCCCAGAGCCCGUAGAAGACAGGAGGAGAGUCAGGGCCAUACUUCCAUACACCAAAGUGCCAGAUACUGAUGAGAUCAGCUUCCUGAAAGGGGACAUGUUUAUUGUUCACAAUGAACUGGAUGAUGGCUGGAUGUGGGUGACCAAUCUUCGCACAGAGGAGCAGGGCCUCAUUGUGGAGGAUCUGGUGGCGGAGGUGGGGCGGGAAGAGGAUCCACAUGAGGGAAAAGCCUGGUAUCACGGAAAGAUCACUAAGCAAGAGGCCUACAACCUGCUAAUGACAGUUGGCCAGGUGUGCAGUUUUCUAGUCCGACCAUCAGACAACACACCUGGGGACUACUCCCUCUUUUUUCGUACCAAUGAAAGCAUCCAAAGGUUUAAGAUCUCCCCCACCCCCAACAAUCAGUUCAUGAUGGGGGGGAGGUACUACAACAGUGUUGAUGACAUUAUUGACCAUUAUAAGAAAGAGCAGAUUGUCGAGGGCUACAACCUGAAAGAGCCUGUUUCAGUACAGCACCAGGAACAAGUUCUACCUGAUACUGUGGAUGGGAGAGAAAUUUAUAACACUAUCAGACGAAAAACAAAAGACGCUUUCUACAAAAACAUUGUCAAGAAAGGCUACCUCCUGUUCAACAAAGGCAAAGGCAAACGAUGGAAGAACCUUUACUUCAUCCUGGAGGGUAACGAUGCCCAGCUCAUCUACUUUGAGAGUGAGAAGAGAGCCACCAAACCCAAAGGCCUGAUCGACCUAAGUGUGUGCUCCGUGUAUGGUGUGCAUGACAGUCUGUUUGGCAGGCCAAACUGUUUCCAGAUUGUUGUCCAGCACUUUAGUGAGGAACAAUACAUAUUCUACUUUGCGGGGGAGGCUCCAGAGCAUGCACAGGAUUGGAUGAAAUGCCUUCAAACUUUCUGCAGUAACUUAAGGAAAACCACUCAGCCAACCUCCAACAAGAGGCUUAGACAGGUGAGCAGCCUGGUGCUGUAUGUGGAGGAGGCCCACAAGCUGCCGGUGAAGUAUUUCACCAACCCCUACUGUAACAUCUACCUGAACAGCGUCCAGGUGGCUAAGACGCACCCUAGGGAGGGACAGAACCCCGUCUUCACUGAGGAGUUCAUCUUUGAUGACUUGUCAAGUGAAAUCAACAGAUUUGAAAUCAGCCUGAGCAACAAAACAAAAAAAAGCAAAGAAAGUGACAUUUUGUUCAUGCGUUGUCAGUUGAACCGUCUGCAGAAGGGCCAGAUGAUUGAUGAGUGGUUCCCUCUCAGCUCCCACGUGCCUCUGAAGGGCAUCGAGCCGGGCUCCUUACGUGUACGAGCCCGCUACUCCAUGGAGAAGAUCAUGCCCGAAGAGGAGUACAGUGAGUUCAAAGAGAUGAUCUUGCAGAAAGAGUUCCAUGUCAUCUAUGCUCUGGCCCAUGUGUGUGGUCAGGACCGCACCUUAUUGGCAAGCCUCCUUCUGCGGAUCUUCAGACACGAGAAGGCUGAAGCCCCUCUACUCAGGACACUCAAUGACAGAGAGAUUAACAUGGAGGAUGAGGCCACAACAUUGUUCAGGGCGACCACACUGGCCAGCACACUGAUGGAGCAGUACAUGAAGGCCACAGCCACACCCUUUGUUCACCACGCUCUCAAAGACACCAUCCUCAAGAUCAUGGAGAGCAAACAGUCCUGCGAGCUCAACCCUUCCAAACUGGAAAAGAAUGAGGAUGUAAACCUGAACCUGGCUCAUCUCCUCAACAUCCUGUCUGAGCUGGUGGAAAAGAUCUUCAUGGCUGCUGAGAUCCUACCACCGACAUUAAGGUUCAUCUAUGGCUGUCUGCAAAAGUCUGUGCAGCAGAAAUGGCCCAUCAACACCACCAUGCGGACAAGAGUUGUAAGUGGCUUUGUCUUUCUCAGACUGAUCUGCCCUGCCAUCCUAAAUCCCAGAAUGUUCAACAUCAUUGCUGAUGCUCCAUCUUCAGCAGCAAGCAGGACCCUCACACUAGUGGCUAAGUCUGUCCAGAACCUGGCCAACCUGGUUGAAUUUGGUGCUAAGGAACCCUAUAUGGAGGGUGUGAACCCUUUCAUCAAAAACAACAAACAUAGGAUGAUCAUGUUUCUGGAUGAGUUGGGGAAUGUCCCUGACCUUCCUGAAGCCACAGAGCACUUUAGGACGGACCUGUCCCGGGACCUGGCUGCGCUGCAUGAGGUCUGUGCCACACACUCAGAUGAGCUCCGGACGCUGAGCAACGAGAGGGGAGCACAGCAGCAUGUGUUGAAAAAGCUACUGGCCAUCACAGAGCUCCUCCAGCAGAAGCAGGCUCAGUAUGCCAUGUCCAACAGCAACAGUCACAGUGGAGAGAGACAGGAAAGGCAGGGGAGAGAGAGAGAGGGGAUGACAUGCAGCAAAGGGCCCAGGCAGAUUCAAACCUGGGCCGCUGUGGACAGAGUGCACCAUCAUGUCACUGGCUGCUGCCAUCCAGGUAAUGUGAGUUUUACAGAUUUCCACCUGAGAAUCAAAGUGUGGCAGCCAGACCUCACCACACAGCCAGCCAGCCAAAGGGAGGCCUCACCCCACGAGGUGCAUGACCGAAGACAGUUUGUAUUUAUAAGCAUGUGGCCUAGAUUCCUGGCAGUUCAAACACAAUAUGGCUGUUCUCCAUGGGAAACCAUUUGCUGCAUAUCUGAAAACUGUCCUUCCAAAGCCCUUCCCAAAAUGCUUCAGACACUGAGUGUGUUGAACUGAAUAAAAUUUGAUAAGAAUCCUUGUCAAGUAAGACCCUGAAGAGAGGAUUUCUAUGAAGAUGGACCUGAGAUACAGUUAACUGCACAAGUGUCUUCUUUUAUCCUGGUAUGCCUGCCACUCCCGCAGAAGUUUGACUGGGUAUGGUUGGUGAUCGACAUGGAACCGACAUCCCGAUCAGCCACUCCUUUCCAUGGACAAAACUUUCGAGGAUUACAGGGGAGGCACUCCACAGCAUUGAAGUAGCGUUUUCUGCCGUCAUCAGGGAAUUUAAACAUAGCACCUCUCUUCAAGAUGACACAAGCCUUAACUCCCUUUCUACACACCAUCCGCUCGCCCACAUCACCUGAUUUUAUGACGAGCUCUUCCUCCAAACCAUUAACAACUUCCACCGUCUUUGUGUAAGAACUACCACGCAGCACUGGAACCACUUGUUACAUUUUUAUAUGCUGCUUUGUUUGUUGAUAUGAUAUACUUAGGCUUGUAUAGAAGUAAAAGGUGUUUGUGUAUGACAUAGCUGAACACAGCAGAAAGAUCUAAGUCUAAGAGUUUGUAGGAGAUAUCUUUACACUGUCCUGUGCAUGUCUUAACCUUGAAUGGAUCCUGCUAUAGUGUGUGGGCCUACAUAUAUGCUGCUCUAACAAACAUCCCCUGAACUCCCUCUCAGCCUUGGGAUGUGAACGAAAGCUUUCAUGCAUUUGCAGUCUCUCUUGCUCUCCCGCCAUCACAAAUGGUGUUUCAGUACACCUCUGCACCGACUGUUUUCAUAUAGAUUCAUCUUGAGAAGUCAUGCCAUGCACAGAUUUAUCAACUUCAAAGUCAUGAGGGUUGGCCUCGUGUGCCUCCUGAUGAUUCAAGCAGCCGCAAAGCCUGAAUCUGUGCCUGUCAUAGCUCAUGAGUUUACCAAACUGUUUACUGUAGUUGCACUUAAGAUACCACGGACCUCACCGACCUCACCAAGUGUUAACAGACAACUAGCGACAGAGAAAUGAAUACGAAUGAGCCUAAAAGCCUCCUCAUCAGCAAUACCAAUAUCAGCUGCGCUACAAGGUAUGGAUGAUGUAGGUAGGAAUGUGGUGUGCUGUUGUACUUCCUUUCUGUAUUUCAUACAGCUGAUGAUUUGUUCCUUUUUAUUUUUCUACCUGAUACUGAACCUUGAACCUUUUGCAUCUUAGAUACGACAACCUGGCUAAAAUAAAACUAUUACUAUAUGACAACAGAAA